AUGUCUGGGAACCAUAUUCUCUCACCUUUGGACGUCGAACGUCUCCAGAGCCAGGGACUUCUUGGCCGAAGGAGCGAAAAGGGCACUCGUCGGCUACACAAACGUCGCUUGAAUCGCUCCAGUGAUGAAGAAAACAAGGACAUUCCACUCAAUGUCCAUGUAGAGACCCCAGCAUCUGCCAACGCGUUUGCGACGAUUCCAGACCAGCUGAUUUCGCGUGCCACUCUUGAAUAUGUUGGCUUCUCUGAGGCGAAGGCUCUUGAUCUUUGGAAUCAAUGGACCAAUUGGCCUUUUGAAGGCCCAGCGCGGGAGACUGAUCUGGAUGCUAGUGGCUUGCGUAUGCGGUUCGAAAUAUUCUUCACCGGAGCAUUCCAUGCGGUUCCGGACACCUGCAGCAGCGAUGAUCAACAAUGGCGACAAACUAUGGACUCUUUCGGCCUGUCAAGAAGCGUUCAACAAGCCAUUCUUGAUCCCAACUUCAAACAACUUCGCCUUACGCAGUCGUGCGCGUACUGGGCCAAGGACACGGCGCUCAUGCGAUAUGCUGGGCUCAAAGACAUUCAACUUGAAUCCAUGGCGAGAGGCGAUGCUGUUAUGCAGGCCACAGGCACUGAUAUGCCUUCUGAGCACUAG